AUGGCCUCCUCAGCUGAUGAUCCAUCUCAUGCCAAGAAUAAUGGAGAUAAUUAUUCAGACCCUAAUUACAGAAUACAGAUUGGUAAGAAACUAGUUAUUUUCCCAAAUAAAAUUAUUGCUCUUGGGAGUAAUGGGAGCCUUGUGUGUGAGGGUAAAUACGACGAUAGAGAAGUUGUCGUAAAACGCCUCCUAAAGACUCACCACAAGGUUGCUACUAAAGAGAUCGAGACUCUUAAAAAAUCAGAUGAACAUGAGAAUAUUGUCCGAUAUUAUGGUGUGAAAUACGACCGUGAUUUCAUCUACAUAGUUCUUCAACGCUGUAUUUGCAAUUUGGCUGACUUGAUUUAUAUUUGUGAACAAUUCUAUGACUAUGAGAUGGUCAAUGGCGACGGUUCUGUCACAUCUGUAUCUGUAUCUCAGUCGGUAGGUAAUUUGGAAUCACUACCAAGUGUUUUUGAAGGUGUUAAACUUACCAAAGAUGGUCGUCCACUUCCUUUCUUAUUGAAACUAAUGAGGGAUAUUGUGAGUGGACUUGACCAUUUACAUGAAUUGGGUAUAAUUCAUGGAGAUUUGAAGCCUCAAAACAUUUUGAUAUUUAAAAAACCUAAUGGGAUUUUUUGUGCUAAGCUUUCUGAUAUGGGCAUAAGCAGACACCUUCCUCAUGACAUGUCUUCCUUGAGUCACCAUUCUUCUGGUUGUGGCACUACUGGUUGGCAAGCACCCGAACGUCUUCUUCAAGGUCGACAAACACGAGCAUUGGAUGUGUUUAGUUUAGCUUGCAUAUUCUGCUUCUGUAUCACCGGUGGGCGUAAACACCCUUUCGGUAAUACUUUAGAUCGUGAUGCCAACAUUGUCAAAAACAUGGUGAACUUGUCUUUCCUCAACAAAUUGCGGGAAGCUCAUAACCUAAUUUCUCAAUCACUAAAUCCCAAUCCAAAAUCGAGGCCAACAUCAGCCGAGGUGUUGUGCCAUCCAAUGUUGUGGGAUUCGAAGAAGAGGAUCUCUUUUAUAUGUGACACAAGCAAUAGAGCACAACUUGAUUUGAACUCUGAUUUUUCUAAAGCAUUGGAGGCCAUUGGACCAGAAGUUCUUGGUACAAAUUUGUAUGGGUAUGGAAGGAUGAAGGAUUGGGUCAAUUUUGUGGAUAAACAAAUAAUGACUCACUUGAAGAAGUUCAAAUAUAAGUCUUGGGUUUUUCUGGACUUAUUGCGACUUCAACGAAACUUGUUCUGCCACAUUGACCAACAUCCUAUUAUCAAAGAGUGGAUAGGACCGGAGGCUGAAGAUUUUGAUGGCUAUUUUACAAGUAAAUUCCCAAAGCUCUUUAUGGAAGUGUACAAAGUUGUAUACAAGUUCUUUGAAGAGGACCAACGCUUCAAGAAAUAUUUCGAAUAACAAGAAGAUAAACAUUUUGGUAUAUAACUCAUGUCAAUAUAUAUACAAAUUUAUAUAUAUAUAUAUAGAUAUAUAGUGUAGUCAAUAUGCUUUUGGUUUUCUCAAAUGUAUCUAUUAAAGUGCUUUGUGGGAAUUAAUGUAUGAUAUGGAAAAAAAAAAAAAAGU